AUGUUAGAAUCCUUGACUUUUAUUGUGUUAGACUUGGGAGGCCUGGUGUUGACUGUUACUGCCAACAUGAAAGUGGUGCGGCUGUCUUGCAGCUCCAAUUCCUCAUCAAUGAGGGCGCUUUGGUCAGUGCGAGUUCAGAUGACACGCUUCAUUUGUGGAAUCUGAGACAGAAAAGGCCGGCCAUUCUCCAUUCUCUUAAAUUUAACAGAGAACGAAUUACUUACUGUCAUCUACCUUUCCAGAGUAAAUGGCUCUAUGUUGGAACAGAAAGAGGAAAUACACAUAUUGUAAAUAUUGAAUCUUUCAUUCUUUCUGGAUAUGUCAUCAUGUGGAACAAGGCAAUUGAACUCUCCACCAAGACUCAUCCAGGCCCAGUUGUACAUUUAAGUGAUAGCCCACGAGAUGAAGGAAAAGUAAGUAUGCUCUCUUAUUCUCACUUUUGUUUUGCCCGCUUUUAGAAAAAGUUAUUUUAUACUAUUUCUUGAGAUUUGAAAUCCCAGUUAGUU